AAAAUAAGAGAUAAGUCAACGGGUAAUAAGUAUCCUUAAGAAUAUUUUUUUUUAUAAUGAGUAGAGAAUCUCGUUCUUGGUAUAAAUACGCUGCAGAUUAUGGAGAGUACAAUCCAAUUCGUGUUGGAUCCAUUGAUGGUACUGAUGAAAAGCCACAUGACCGCGCAAUCGUUAGAGCUAUGUUAACAGAAUACGUUCCGGACAAAAAGUUACAAGGAAACCCUGCUAACACAUUAUUUAUCGGAAGAUUGCAUAUUAAAACAACAGAGGAAACCCUAUAUCAAGAAUUUAAACGUUAUGGAAAAAUUAAGAACUGCAGAGUUGUGAGAGACAUUUAUACAGAAAUAUCAAAAUGUUAUGCUUUCAUAGAAUUUGAAAAUUUUCGAUCAGCUAAAGAAGCUCACAGAGAAAUGCAUUUAAAAAUUAUUGAUCAAUGUGAAAUCGUUGUUGAAUUUGAGUUUGGAAGAACGCUUAAAGGAUGGAAACCAAGAAGGCUAGGUGGAGGUUUUGGUGGUCGUAAAGAAUCUGGUCAAUUAAGAUUUGGGUGUCGCACACGUCCUUUCCAGAAACCAUUGGAAACAACUAAACCGAUUAAUUUCAAUGAAAUUCAUAGAUUAUAUAAAAAAAAUAGAAAAACAUAAACAUUAUUUGGAACUAUAUUUGUUUGUCAAUUGCUUAUUUUCACAUUUAAAAAUGAUUUAAAGAAUAAAAAUAAUGAAUUUUAUAUAAAAA